AUGGCGGAGGGAGAGGUAAACCAAGAUUUUAUUUUCAAGAUGGAAAACCCAUCCCACUCAGGUGUGAUUUUACCUAGCACUCCACGGGCUUGCGCCAAUCCACCAUCUCCCGGGACAAGUAGCACAAGAAAACAACCUAUGAGUGCAACACUUAGAGAACGAUUGAGGAAAACUAGAUCUUCAUUUAAUUCCUGUUACAGUGUGGUGAAACGUCUUAAAGUAGAGAAUGAAGAAAACGAUCAGACUUUUCCUGAGAAACCAGCAUCUUCAAUAGAAGAAAACUGUUUGGAACUUCAAGAAAGUUUUAAACACAUAGAUGGUGAAUUCAAAGAAAAUACAUAUUUGAAAAAUACCUUCAAGAGUAUCAGUGCAUGUGAAUCUAAAUCUCUUGAUACUGAGUCUUGCAGUGAUCUCCAAAGUGACUUUGUGAAUGAGAAUCUUCCAAAACAAGGAUUAGGUGAAGAAAGAGCAAAAUUGGUGAAGCAGAUUGAGGAGAAAGAAGACUUUCUUCGGAGGCUAAAACUGGUCAAAAUGUAUAGAUCAAAGAAUGACCUGUCUCAGUUACAGGUGUUAAUACAGAAGUGGAGAAGCUGUAGCCAGCUGUUGCUUUAUGAGUUGCAGUCAGCUAUGUCUGAGGAGAACAACAAACUCAGCCUUACUCAGCUGAUAGACCACUGUGGGUUAGAUGAUAAAUUACUACACUAUAACAGAAAUGAAGAAGAGUUUAUUGGUGUUUAAUUCAUAAUUUUUUCUCCAGAAUAUUUUUGAGAAUGACAACUUAAAAGAUAAUACAUUUUAAAAGGAAGGUAGAAACCAUUAGGGCCUAGAGAAAGGUAUCUUGAUGAACAUCAAUUUAGGGCACUCUGUUAUAUAAAUAUAA